AUGACAGUCCGCAUAUGUUCACACCGACGAUUAUUAUUACCAAUGCAGAGUGAUGUUUUAAACGAACAACAACAACAAUUAUCGAACGAUAUUGAUUGUUCAUCUUCAUUAUCCACAACAACUGCAACAACACUUAUUUAUUCGGGUUUAAAAUUGCAUCCAAAACCACUUGUACCUACAAUAUCAAUGCCCGGCGUGGCAAGUCCAUUAUCAAUCGUGAAAAAAUUAUCACUCCCUGAUUCACAUUUAGAUAAUUCAAAUAAUAAUAUAAGACAUACAUCAUCAUCAUCAAAUUCUACAACAACAACAACUCCAUCAUCUAUACGUCUUGUUACACCAACAGGUAAAUCAUCACCUCCAACAAAUUUACAAUUUCAAUUAACUGAUAAAUCAUCAACAAAUGGAGGUUUUUCAACAUCAAAAACAUAUAUUUUAAAUCCUCAACCGAGCAGUACAACAACAGUAAAUAAACAACAAAUACUUCCAAAUUCGACUUCAUCAUCAUCAUCAACAUCAUCAUUAGUAACAUUAAUUCCACCUGGAACAACAUCACCUAAAAUUCAAACAUUAAAUAGUGUAACAAUAUCAUCUACAAAUGAUAUGUCAACAACAACAACAACGGAUAAAUCCUCAUCAACAAAUUCUAAUCAAUCGGUUUUUUUAUCAAAAAAUCGUGUUACACUUGUACAACCAUUAAUAUCAAAUUCAACUUCUUCAUCAUCAUCGACAACAACAACAACGAAUUCAUCAAAUAAUGUAACACCAAAAUUAGUUAUUCAACAAAAUACAAAUCCAUCAACAACAAAUAAUAAUUUUUGGCAACAACAACAACCACAAGCAACUAAAAUUUUUUCAAUUCCACAGUCAUCAAUUUUACCAACAGCUAAAAUGCUUUCACGUCCAGUACAAUUAAUUCCUACUUCGAUAUCAUCUUCUGAACAUCAUCAUCAUCAUCAUCAUCAUCCACAUAUAACUCAUGUUCAAACAGUUAAAACUGAAAAACCUGAUUCCUAUCCAAUAAGUAUGCAUUUUGGUUUAUCAUCUCCUACAACAACUGAAAAUCCAUUAACACCAUUAAAUGUUCAAGUUCCACAUCAACAUUCAUAUUCUACAAAAAAUUUCGAUUCAUCCGGUCAUCCACCUUAUAUACAUAUGCAAUUAUUACCACCAAUAUCAAAUUCCGAAUCAAUUAAUUCAACACAACAACCAGUUCAGUUUACACUUCCAGCAACAACACAUUUAUAUUCAUCAACAUCAUCAUCUGUUCUUAUAUCAACUACACAACGUUCAAUGGAUCAUAAUAAUAAUCAUCAAUCAACAACAACAAUAACUACACCAAUUAUUCGUGAAAUGCAAACCGAUGAAAAACUUAAUGAUUCAACAAUUAUUAAAAAUCUUCAUCAUAAUAAAAUUUCGACUAAAAAUCGAACGCGCCUUCCUUUACAACCAUCAACUCAACAAACAACACCAACUACAACAUCAAUUAUACCACCUUCGUCAUCAUCUAUAACAACAACAACUAUUCGACAACCUAAAAGACAUAAACUCAUCGACAAUGAACAAAUAUCAUCCGAUGAACCACCAAAUAAAAUCUCUCAUUAUGAACAGUUAGAUUCAACAUCAUCAAAAAAACUUUCAAAUUCUCGUAAUCGUCCAUUAUCGAAAUUUUCUAUUGAAAAUACAACACCACAAACAUCAUCAUCAAUUACUAUUGAUACAAGUGGUAUAACGAAAAAACGUAAUUCAGCUGAAACAGCUAAUGCUGCUAUAUUAUCACGUAAACGACGAGUAAUAACAAAAUUAAAUCAUGAAUUAAUAUCGAAUGAAAAUAUUAAACAAGAAUCAUCAUCAUCAUCUUCGGAUAUAACUAUUGAUCAAAUUGAUGAUGAACUUCUAAGACGAUUAUCACAAGAUUUUGUUUAUAUUGAUAAACAAACAGGUAUUCGUUGGAUUGGAACAAAAUCUCGGCCAAAACCAAUGAGUACAUUAGUAUCACGAUUUUCAUGGAAACCAAAAAUAAAUCAUUAUGAAAAAUAUUCAGAUAUUAUUCGAACGAAUCCUAAACGAACUGUACCUGUAAAAAGUGUUGAUACUAUACGAAAAAAAUUAACUGAACCAUGGACAUCGUGGCGUAUUGAUCGAUUAACAACAUAUCUAUCCGAUCUGACACAAGAUGAACAAAUGACACAAAAUCAAUUGUCAGAUAUGACACAAUUAUUAGAUAUUGAUGAUCAGUCGAUACGAACGACAGUUGAAGAUUUAAUUGAGGCUAAUAUUCAACGGCAUCGUUGUUUUUGUGAUCAAUUAAGUCAAAUAUCGAAUUUACUCGUUAAUUUACUUGAUCAUGGAAAUACAUUACGAGAUAUAUGUUCAAUGUCAAAACCUUCAACAACAAAACGAACUAAAGAACGAUAG